UUAUUUAAAAACUAUUAUAGCAUUUUAAUUCCUCUACCAAGUUUGCAUUUAGUGAUCAAUUUUUUACUAACCAUGUCGGCUCAAUGUGAGAAAGUAAAUUCUACUAGUCCAUCCUGCGAGUUUGGUCCUAAAUUAAAGCUGUUGCGGUCCAAUGAUCAGGUCCGGGAACUGCAGACCAUACUUAGAGACAAAAACACAAGUCGAACGGAUUUCAAAUUUUAUGCUGAUCGUCUAAUUCGACUUGUCAUUGAGGAAAGCUUAAACCAGUUACCAUUUGAUACUUGUAUGGUUAUGACGCCUACUGGUAAUUACUACAAAGGUACCAAAUAUCAAAGAGGUAACUGCGGUGUCAGUAUUGUGCGUAGUGGAGAGGCUAUGGAGCAAGGUCUGCGAGACUGUUGUCGAUCGAUACGUAUCGGUAAAAUAUUAGUAGAGUCAGAUUCAGAUACUCAUGAAGCUCGUGUAGUAUAUGCUAAAUUUCCUCAUGAUAUAGCUGAUAGGAAAGUAUUAUUAAUGUAUCCAAUAAUGAGUACUGGAAAUACUGUUAUUAAAGCAGUGAAUGUGUUAAAGGAACAUCGAGUGGCUGAAGACAAUAUAAUUCUAUCAAACUUAUUCACUACACCUAUUGCUGCUCAAACUAUUACCACAGCAUUCCCAUUGAUGACUAUACUAACAUCAGAACUUUAUCACAUCGCGCCCAACCAUUUUGGUCAAAAAUAUUUUGGUACUGAUUAAAUAUGUUAUUUAAUUUAUUAUUGAUAUUUGCACAACAGUACAUUUUUGGUGAGUAAGACUUUUACCAUGCAAAUCAUAAUGUGACCAAUUUAAACAGACUCGAUUAUACAUUUUUUUUUCAACAAUUUUUCCUAUCGGUCAAUUUUAAUCAUAAGAUACAACUUAAAAUGUCUUAUAACUAUGUUUCAAAAAAAUUUUGUUAUUGUUAUUUCAUAGAUAGGUAAUUAAUUAUAAUUUUGUUCUAAGAACUUAUAUUUCGACUGAAAUGUAUUCAAUAUAAAUCUGUUUAUUUACAGUA